CCUUCCUCCUCUUCCCAAAACCAAAAGUGAACAGGAAAAAAAACCCUCUCAAUCCAACCCACACAAAAAGAAGAAGAAAAAAAAAACCCAACACCCCCUGAAUACUCUGUUCACGAAAAUGGCCAACAGGAAAUCAUCAAACAAGCUCCCACAGACGGCCGUAAUCAAGCAAAUCCUCAAGAGAUGCUCCAGCCUGGGCAAGCGCAACGGCUACCACGACGGCAGCUGCGGCGGCCUCCCGCUCGACGUCCCCAAGGGCCACUUCGUCGUCUACGUCGGCGAGAACCGGAGUAGGUACAUUGUCCCCAUUUCCUUCCUCACCCGCCCCGAGUUCCAGACCCUGCUCCACCAGGCGGAGGAAGAGUUUGGGUUCGACCACGACAUGGGUCUCACCAUCCCUUGCGAAGAAGUCGUCUUCCAGUCCUUAACUUCCAUGCUCUCCGCCUAGCCAAUAACAAGAAGAAGAAGAAGAAUACUUGUUGGGAGUGAGUGAUUCGGGGCUUCUUCUUUUUUUGAGGUACUAGAAGAGUAAUUUGGACGAACUUGGAGGGGAGAUUGUUGAUGAAGCUGCUUAACUUGCUUCUCACUUUCUUUCCGAAUUCCAAACUCUCAGUCUCCUACCUCUUUUUUUUUUUUUUUUUUUUUCCUUCUCAUUUGACGAAUUUUAUCCGACUCGAACCGGACCGGACCUGUUAUUUUGGUUGGGGAGGGGUUGCUGCUGAUGCCUUGUAAAUCUGUGGAGGUGUGCUAGAGUUGGAUUUUGGUUCGAGGAGACGGGGGUUGGACCGUAAUUAAAAUUGACUGCUGGGGUUUGGAUGUAUUGGUUACGUUCCUUGACUCUAAUGAUCGUGAUUAUAGAAAAAAAGAUUGUUAGCCCCAAAGUGAUGACUAAUGACGAUUAUGGAUACGAGGUGCAUUGGUUCUUGGGGGACUUGGGUCCUCGUGCCUUUUGAUUAUGUUUGCUUGCUUGUUUCACUUGAUUACGGGAUCUUGUCUUUUAGCUUUAGGCGUAAGUAAGUUAAGUGCAGGGCAGAGAGCAGGGGUACAGUUUAUUUCGGUUAUGAAAAUUGUUCUUAACCGACACCUACCCGCCGAAUGUUUUUGUCAAGUGGGCAAAACUGGAGAAAUUCGAUUUCAAUUAAUGAACAAACAAAAAAUAA